CACCCACCCGCGUCUCCUUCCUCGGCACGGCUCCCCAGUGGCCACUACACUCUCCCGCUGUCCCGCCCCACUCGUGCGCGUGAGCGAUGAGAGCUCUCGCCUCGCCCGCCGCCUCCUUCCUCCCGGGAAUCCUUAACCCCAGCGCGAGCCCUAACCCUCGCGCGCCUCUCCGGUCGGCGGCGGCGGCGGCGGCGCUCUCGAGGAGCCCUUGCCCUUCCAGCCGCUCCGUCGCCGCCGCGGCUGCCGCCGCCACCGGGGACCACUGGGGCGCCGACCACUACCACGGCGGCGGCCGCGUGACCUCGCCGGAGGCCGGGGCCCGCGCGGCGCACGGCGUCAAGUGCGACGUGGACGUGGUGUCGUGGCGGGAGCGGCGGGUGCUCGCGUCCGUGGCCGUGGCCGCCGACGUCGACACCCUGUGGCAGGUCAUCACCGACUACGAGCGCCUCGCCGACUUCAUCCCCAACCUCGUCCAGAGCGUGAGGAUUCCGUGCCCGCACGAAGGGCGGAUAUGGCUGGAGCAGAGGGGACUGCAGCGGGCGCUGUACUGGCACAUCGAGGCACGCGUCGUGUUGGAUCUCCAGGAAGUCCCUGAUUCCACUAAUGGACGAGAACUCCAUUUCUCGAUGGUAGAUGGUGACUUCAAGAAGUUUGAAGGAAAAUGGUCCAUCAGAUUGGGUCCAAGGUCCUCUAGUGCAAUUUUGUUGUAUGAAGUUAACGUGAUACCAAGAUUUAACUUCCCGGCAAUAUUUCUUGAGAGGAUUAUAAGGUCGGAUCUUCCUGUAAAUCUUCGAGCCUUGGCAUCUAGAGCUGAAAAGAUUUAUUUAGAAAAUCAAAGAUGUGGUUCAAGAAAAUUUUCUGCCGUGGAUUCAAAGCCAUCAUCUACUUCUUCUCAGCUUAAGUUCCAUAGUACAGCAAUUGAGACUACUUCUAGUAAGUUCAAAGAAGCACCUCCCACUUCCGGUGUCAGUAGUGUGCUUCCUUCACCUUCUUCCAAGUUGAUUAGCAAAUGGGGUGUAUAUGGAAAUGCAUGCAGAAUUGAUAGGCCUUGUGUGGUAGAUGAGAUCCAUCUUCGAAGAUUUGAUGGCCUCUUGGAACAUGAGGGGGCUCACAGGUGUGUUUUUGCUAGUAUCACUGUGAAAGCACCAGUUCGAGAGGUAUGGAAUGUUCUCACGGCAUAUGAGAAUUUGCCUGAAUUCGUACCAAACCUGGCUAUCAGUAGGAUUGUCCUUCGUGAUAAUAACAAGGUCCGCCUAAUGCAGGAGGGUUGCAAAGGCCUACUUUAUAUGGUCCUUCAUGCCCGUGUUGUCAUGGAUCUUCAUGAAAAACUUGAGCAAGAGAUCAGCUUUGAACAAGUUGAGGGUGAUUUCUACUCUUUCAAAGGGAAAUGGCGCUUCGAACAACUUGGAGACCAUCACACCCUGUUGAAGUACAUGGUUGAGACUAAGAUGCAUAAGGACACCUUUCUCUCCGAGUCCAUCCUUGAAGAGGUCAUAUAUGAGGAUCUUCCAUCAAACUUGUGUGCAAUACGUGAUUAUAUUGAAAAGGCUGGAGCUGAAGGUAGCAGCUCCAUUACUCAUUCUGAUGCACCAACACACUCAGAUAUUGAUCCUGCGCAAAACAGGCAAUCAGAGCAAGAAUCUGCAUCUUGCUCCUUCAGUUCCACGAAACAGAGACCAAAAGUUCCUGGCUUGCAAAAGGACAUUGAAGUCCUCAAAUCUGAGCUUGAGAAUUUCAUUGCAAACUACGGUCAGGAUGGUUUCAUGCCUAAGAGAAAGCAUCUUCGGUCUCAUGGAAGGGUGGAUAUCGAGAAGGCAAUAACACGAAUGGGUGGGUUCAGGAAGAUUGCCAGCAUAAUGAACCUUUCCCUUUCUUACAAAAAUCGAAAACCAAGAGGUUAUUGGGAUAAUCUGGAGAACUUGGAAGAAGAGAUCAGCCGGUUCCAGAAGAGUUGGGGGAUGGAUCCUUCUUAUAUGCCAAGUAGAAAAUCUUUUGAGAGAGCAGGUCGUUACGACAUUGCUCGGGCAUUAGAAAAAUGGGGUGGGGUGCAGGAGGUUUCGCGCCUUCUUUCUCUUGAACUAAGACGUCCUAGAAGGCGAGCUGACUCAGAUGAUGAGAGGCAGUCUGAAUCACAAGCUGGCAGUGGUAUGACAAAGAAGCACGGAACCAAACCUGAUAAAGCCAACAUGCCCCCAGAUGCACAGAAAUGGCUCCUGAAGCUGAAGGAUUUGGAUGUGAACUGGGUGGAAUACUAGAUUAAUAAGCUUCGGAAAAGAAAUGAUGUCGCAUUAUCAACUCAAUUCUUUUUCCGUCUUUGGAGGUGAUCUGGAUGCAUUCUGUCAAAGACGCUGUAAAUUGUGUACAGAACAUCUGCAAUGCUCAGGCCAACCCUGAAUUACCCAUGCUGAAGCUACCAACGGGCAACGGUUUUCAUUUGUCAACUGUCA